AUGGAAACAUGGGUCCACGCGGCCGAUCCUGACCACCCUAUGAGAGAGUUCUUGCGCGUCUUGAAGCCCGGUAGCGUUGUCACACAUGUCGAGUAUGAACAGGACAUGGAGAAUAAUCUAGUCGGACGUAAAACCACGGGUCGACAAUUUCCCUUGGGCAAUAUUGACGAAAAGCUUCAAAAUGCGGGCUUCCAGCACCUGGAAUACCAAGAUCUCUCGGAAAAGGUUGCUCUAAUGAUGCGCCUCUUCUUCUCCCUGGCCUAUACCCCCUACCUCAUCAUACAUCUGCUCUUGGAGGCAUAUUUCGUCAAUGCGAUGGCUGGCGUUGAGCUCUGGCGUCACAGCAACGAUAUUCGGCUCUUGAUGGUCAAGGCGAGGAAGCUUGCCGUCGAGCAUUCGAGCGGAUAUAGGUUCAGAAAAACAGCAAAAGAGACAGAGGCAAGUUGA